AGCCAUCAGACAGUCAGCCACAGCGUGCCAUCUGGAGUUAUUGCAAUGUCAAUGGCUUCUGAUCCACCAAGUCUUGCGCAGACAUAUAUGCGUGGACCAUUGGUACCUCAUGGGCAUGGGAAGCCUUUAAGCAAGGAGGAGCUGGAUGGCUUGAAAGAGGAGCUUGCCAGCAUCAAAAAGGAAUUUGGUCUGGUUGAACCAGAGAGAGCCUUCAUGGAUGAGAAGGGUGUCCAAUGGAGGUUUGGAGGACCGCCCGACUACACAAUUGCCAAUCUCUACUACCUCAAGGGCAAGACAAAGAAUCAUCCUCCCGGGUCAUUGGAGAUGAUUGUGGAGAACCUGGUGAAAACCUGGGAAAUGGAACGGUCUCACAAACUGGAUCCCAACAGUCAUCGAAGUGUCGACCCCAAGCGGUUCCACAUCAGUGCAAAUGGAGGGACCAAAUUUGACAACGACCAGGCCAACAAGGUGGGGAAUUACAAUGUGUUGCUUGACAAGUGUCCCGUCGAGCUCUACGACGUGGAUAAGAUCAAUUGGGAGCAGUCUCACGACAAGUUUCACUCUGCCUUCGCGGCUUUUCCAUGGGAACUGCUAGAGGUCUUCUCGCCUCCACCAAAGGUCUCCUUUUCGUGGCGCCACUGGGGACACUUCACAGGCAGCUACGAAGGCAAAGAAGGCGAUGGAAGACUCAUCGAGAUGUAUGGGUUUGGCUGUGCCGAAGUUGACAGCCAACUCCGUCUCAUUGAUGUCGAGAUCUUCUACAAGCCUGGACCUUUUAUUGAGGCCCUUCGUGGUAUGUCGAAGAGCUGCAAGACAUGGCAUGGUAACGACAUCCUGGGUGAAGGUGCGACCAGUCAUUGCCCCUUCAUCGAAAAGAUGAAGCGCACCGGGUGGAAAGCACCAGAUUGUCCGGUCCGCAAAGUGAAGUGCAAUAAGGUGAAGCUUUGAGAAGCGUCCGAUCGCGUUCGUAGCGAUGCCAGGAGCCCCUAGUAGCAAACAUUGCUCCUAGUAGCGAUGCCCUUCGCUCCUAGUAGCUUCUUGCUCCUAGUAAGGUGAAGCUUUGAGAAGCGAUUCUCGAGUUUUAGAAGCGACUUGAAGUCUUUAGCUUUGUUUGUGCCGACAAAAACCGGGCAGGAAAAUCAUUCAUCCUUUUAAUUGGCCUGGUAGCCUGGCACAGUGACAAGCACAGUGGCACACACUAGCACCGUGGCUCCAUGGUUUCACCCGUACACAAGCACGCCGGAAUGACUUGCCUUAAGCGCGCACGGGCCGCUCUCCUUUCGAUGGACAAAAAUGGC